GCACUAGGCCUCCCGCCUCUUUUUCAUUCGGCGGGCAGGAAUCGCUUCCGGGUCGGCCGGAGAACGCAGGAAGUGACAGGAGCUACAGUGUUACUAUGGCUCGUAUUACACUUGAAGAACUGAAUGAACUGGAUGAUGAGGUCCUUGAUGAAGAGGAUGAACCAAUGGAUGGGGAGGAACAGAACAGGCUGUUUUCUCAUUGGGAGACAGUAGCCAGCACUCACCAAGUGUCUCUCCCCCAAGAGAUGGCAGGUCCAAUAAUGCAAAUGGCGCGCCAUAACCAGAUGCGAGAGCCUGUGCCCUACACUACUUUGUCACAGCAUGAGAAGUGUGAGGAGAUUGCGUACGAGGAACGACUGUACCCAGCUGGGAAAUGGGCAUGCAUUACCAAAGGAGAACCCAAAUAUGAGCAAAGCAUCUCUAUGGGUUUCAUGAAACUAAUACGGUACAUCUGCAAGGAGAACUCCCUAGGCCGCCAGCUGGGGAUGACAGUGCCAGUGCUCAACGAGAUCCACCUGAACAAGGAGGGCACGGAAUUGCUUCAAGAAGUCAUCACUGCCUAUUACCUCCCUGAAGAAUUUCAACCUAACCCCCCUCUCCCCUUGGACCCCGACAUCCAGAUACAAGAGAGAGCACCACUUCAGGUUAUCUCCAGGGUGUUUUAUGGGACCACUACAGAAGAAACAAUCCUACGGGAGAUUCACCUCCUCUGGGAGUUGCUGGGCUCCACAGACAAUGUGCUUCGCGAAACCUACUUGGUGGCUGCGUACCAGAACCCUGGCGUCCCUAACCGCCGCAAUGAGAUCUGGUUUAUCCGGCGAGCAGACUGAAAGCACCUUGAAUCCCUGACAAGAUUACAAUCCACCCUCCGUGACUGGAUCCGGUUUAGAUGGCAGUUUUAAAGGAGAUGAAUGCACAUCCUGACUCACUGUAGAAUAAAUGAAGUGCUCCUUCCCCCCCUGCGCGAACCAAGGAGUUACUAGUACAGAUCUCCCCGAGAUGGUUUCCACCCUACUCCUGCAGGGGGUGCUGUGGUGUUGUUGAUGGAGCUGGCAUUGGAAGGAACAAGGGGUGUCUGCUUCAGUAGGCCCUGAGCAACCAUGCCACAUUUGAAUGAAGGUGCGUUAGGAGCACAGGAAGCUGCCUUAUGCUGAGUCAGAUCAUUGGUCCAUCUAGUUCAGUAUUGUCAUCGCUGACCGGCAGUGGCUUCUCAGGUGUUCAGGUAGGGAACAUUCCCGGUCCCACCAGGAGAUGCCAAGGAUUGAACUUGGGACCUUCUGAAUGCAAAGCAGUUGCGCUACCACAGAGCCAUGGCCCUUCCCCCUCCUUGGGGAUUGUAUCGGGGAUUGUAGCUGUUGUGUGACCCACAGCUCACAUUCCAAGGGUUAGGUAUCCUGAAAUGAAUCUGGAGAGCAGGUCGAAACACCACUGCCUACAGCUGUGUCCGUAACUGGCAAAAGCUGAUGUACUGCAGCACAGGUUAUGACUAAGUUACUUGUAGAAGGAGGAUUUCACUUCUGAUGCCUCGGAGUAUCCCUUUUAGCCAUGCGCAUGAGAAGCUGCUAGUCAGCUUUGUUAUCCAACAGCAGAGAAGAGCCAUUCCUACAGUUUGGGAUGGGGUAGCUUUAGACUUCCUUGACUGGAAUAAUGUGAACACCUGUCCAGGAGCAAAUGGGAAAUCCCUGCCAAAGGGCUAAGGCUCAAAGGGAGAUCUAAGAAGCAGAGAUCUCUGGCCUAUAAGUCCUCCUGUUUUCCCAAGAGCACAUAAAGAGAUAAAUGCCACCCAUUGGCUACCUCCUGCCUAUGAGCCAGUUUCUCGAUCAGGCAGGCUUGGUGCGAGCUGAGCAGGCCACAUAGUAUGUGUUAAGUUGUCACUGGCAGCAUUUUUGUCGCUGUGUGUUGCGUUGUGCAUUGACUGGUUGGUAUCACACUCAUGAAUGCUGCUGUCCUCUCCCAAAGAAGGCUGGUAGCACAAAGCAAACCUGAAAUAAAAUCUAGCCCAACCCUC